UGGAACCCUUUAGCUCCGACUCCAGUCCCUUGUCUCGCGUAGACUUAUCAACAGCGUCUGGAAUAUCGAGCUCCGGACUUUUUCUUUCAGCGUUUGGUACUCCGUGUGUCCGUGGUUAGAGGAUUGCGUGGCUACGGCUAGGUAUAUAUAUUUUAGUAGGAUUGGGACUAGGACCUAAUAGCAUGGCCAAUCGCUCCAGCCAGCGGGACCAAGAGUUCAAUCGUGAUAAUACAUACAAUUAUCGAGACCAUAAUCGGGACAAUCGCGAUAAUCGGGACAAUCGCAGUAAUUUCCAAAACUAUCGCAAUCGUGACAGGGAUCGCGAUAGGCAGCGUCAGGUGCCCACGGAACCACCUUUCAUCGCUUAUGUGGGCAACCUUCCCAAGGGUCUCGUCCAGGGCGAUGUAAUGAAGAUCUUUUCGGACUUCGAGGUGAAGAAUGUGCGCCUGAUCAAGGACCGUGAGACCGAUGAGUUCAAGGGCUAUGGCUACGUGGAGUUCGAGACUCUGGCACAGCUGAAGAGUGCUCUUAACUGCAACGGCCGCAUCAAGCUGGACAACUUUUCGGCCCCCCUGCGUAUCGAUAUAGCCGACCAUCGCCGGCAGAACCCGGGUGCUCCCAGCGGAGUUGGCGGAGCUCCUCCAGUCGGAGUGGGCCACGAAAGAGGUGGUGGCGCCGGAAGAGGUGGUGGCGUCGGAAGAGGAGGCAGCACGGGACCAACAAACGGUAACAGUCCCUACUACCAGAGGCGCAACUAUCGGCGCGACGACAGCGUGGGAUCCCACCAGUUUAGAAGGAGGGAACCCCGCAGCACCAGCAGCAACCACCAUAUGUCCAAUAGCAGCCCCACACAAAGCACCACGUCCAUUAACUACAACCGCACCAUUCGAGGUGGUUUCAAUAGCCGUGUUGGUGUAGGUGGAAAUGGCAAUCGUUACCAGGGAGGAGCUCCACGUAACUUCGAUGACCGCGAGGACCAGCAAUCGACCGGCAGCGGAGGAUUCCAACGCAAUCGCACUUACAACUUCAACCGAUCCAUGAACAACAGCGCAGGCGGAGGAGGUGCUGGAGUAGCUAGGGGCGGCAAUCCGCAGCGGAACUUCAAUGGAAAUGGAGGCGGCGGUGGAUUCGGGGUCGUAAAUGGAGGCGGCAACUAUACCAAUUUCGUGCAGAAUCGCAACCGCGAUCGCCGUGGACACUACAAUCCAAACAACUCUGGAAGUUCUGGCGGCUACAAUAACCAUGGGCACAGCAGCUUUGGCGGGGACAACAAUCGUCCUGUGCACGGAGCGUCUGAGUCGGCAUCAUGUGGAACAGGUCCAUCUUCGAGCAAUCAAUUCGCAGUACGCGAUGAUGAUGAUCGGCCCAAGCUAGUGCUCAAGCCCAGGACUGUGACUGCGCCCAUAAACUCUCUGGCUGAAACCAAACAGGCUGCUCUGAUCUUCGGAAAUGCCAAGCCUCGCGAUGAUAGCUCCACUCCCGUCUCCUCGCCACGCCAGGAUUUGGACGCCAGAGCCGAUGGCUUGAGAGCGUCUUCCCCUUUGUCAGGAUCGUCAUGUGCCCCAAGUGAUCAUGACCAUGAUCCAGGCGUGGGCGACAACUAGAUCGGAUCAUACGAUGUUGAUGGCAGUCUAGACCGGUGGGGUUCAGCAUGGCGAGACCUUUCAAUAAACUUUUCAUAGGCCUCUUAUAUUAUUAUUAGAUUUGUAUCCACUGAUGUUCGUGAACUUCGUCCUCGAAAUCAAGACUGCAAUCGCCUUACUAUUUAAACGUAUUCAAAAUUCACAUUGUGCAA